CGGCUUCGAAGACCGUAGGAUGUGGCCGUGCAUCCCUCCCACGGGGUCCCAACUCUGAGUCCGAGACCCCCUCCUGGAGCCACUUGGGGACCGGACCUCGCGCCUCGACUUAGGGCUGCAGCAUCCAUCACCUCCAGGAGACCGAGGAGUUACCCCGGUCCUCGCGGUCCCUCCCGGAGGUGACUUCAUCCCUGCCCCUCGGGUUCUGGAAACUCUGGAAUCCUGGUGCCCCCGACAACACACAGCCCUCCCUAGAAGACUGAGGAAUUUGGGUCCCCAGCGCCCUGGUCUGAGACUCGGAUAGAGGGUUGCAGCAUCUUCUAUUUAGAACACCGAGACUUCGGACUCCGGAUCCCAACUCUCCCCGGAUUCUGGAGUCCGAGGACCCCAAGUUCACGACCUUAAGUCUGGGUUGUGAGCCUCCCCCGGGACCGCGCGUUACGGUCCGGACGCGCGGGACUCCCGACCCCAAGGCCCGUGGCUCCCCGGGAGGUCCGAGUUGUGCCACUCAGCCAUGCCCGAGGGAGCCAGGGGACUGAGCCUGUCCAAACCCGGCCUUAGGCUCGGGUGUGGCCACCAAGGUGAAGUUUGCGACUGCGCAGCUGUGAGUGAUCCUGCAACAGUGCCGAGCAUGGCCAAGACAGCCCAGCCCUGUCACCACGGAGGAGACUGCUGAGCUGAGAAUUCAGGAGAAAGGAGGUGGACACAAAGAAGAAUUCUGCAUGCAGGGAGCAGUAUGUGCAAAGGCCCACAGCUGCACCUUUAAGUAAUCGGACAAAGUUGAGUGUGAAGGGGUGAAGGCUGUUGAGAGAUGUGUCAUGGAAAGGGAACUAGGUGACGGGAUCUUCCAUGGCUGUGUUAGAUGGGGCCUUGUGGAUUUGAGGAAAUCAGACUUGAACGUAAAGGGCCUGUGCUUAGGAGAGUGACAAGGUCAGUUGGACAGGUUCACAGUGAUAGCCGUGGUUGAUGGGUUCGGUGAAUAAAAGCAAUGGAGGUCCAAGUCACAGAGAGGAAGGAACCCUGAUGGGACCGGACUGGACAAUUAGAGUAGUGGAGACCUGUGAGAACUGUCAGCUGAGUGUGGGUGGCCAUGAGGGGCCGUAAGACCGUGUGUCUGGGAAGCCCUGACCACUUGUUCCCUACCUCAGCAGCUGCGGCAGCUCCCACCAUGGCUUCUCCAAGGGGUUCUGGCAGCUCCACGUCUCUGAGCACUGUGGGCUCUGAGGGGGACCCGUCUCCAGCCUGCUCAGCCUCCAGGCCAGAGCCCCUGCCAGAGCCCCCCAUACGCCUACACCUGUCACCUGUUGGAAUCCACGGUUCGGUGAAACCCUCUAGGCUGGAGCGAGUGGCCAGGGAGAUCGUGGAGACAGAGCGGGCCUAUGUUCGGGACCUUCGCAGCAUCGUGGAGGACUACCUGGGCCCUCUGAUGGAUGGCAAGGCCCUGGGGCUGAACAUGGAGCAGGUGGGCACGCUGUUUGCCAACAUCGAGGACAUCUACGAGUUUAGCAGUGAGCUCCUGGAGGACUUGGAGGCCUGCAGCAGUGCAGGGGGCAUCGCCGAGUGCUUCGUGCAAAGAAGCGAAGAUUUCGACAUCUACACAUUGUACUGUAUGAACUACCCGAGCUCCCUGGCCCUGCUCCGAGAGCUGUCACUGUCCCCGCCAGCCACUCUGUGGCUGCAGGAGCGUCAGGCCCAGCUCCGUCACUCCCUGCCUCUGCAGAGCUUCUUGCUGAAGCCUGUUCAGCGCAUCCUGAAGUACCAUCUCCUGCUGCAGGAACUGGGCAAGCACUGGGCAGAGGGCCCAGACACUGGAGGGAGAGAGAUGGUAGAGGAAGCGAUUGUGUCCAUGACCGCAGUGGCCUGGUACAUCAAUGACAUGAAGCGCAAGCAAGAGCAUGCAGCACGCCUGCAGGAAGUGCAGCGGCGGCUGGGUGGCUGGACCGGCCCGGAGCUCAGCGCGUUUGGAGAGCUUGUGCUGGAAGGCACCUUCCGUGGGGGAGGCGGGGGAGGCCCCAGGCUUCGUGGGGGUGAGCGCCUGCUCUUCCUGUUCUCCCGGAUGCUGCUGGUAGCCAAGCGUCGGGGGCCUGAAUACACCUACAAGGGUCACAUCUUUUGCUGCAAUCUCAGUGUAAGCGAGACACCGCGGGAUCCCUUAGGAUUUAAGGUGUCAGACCUGACCAUCCCCAAGCACAGACACCUGUUUCAGGCCAAGAACCAAGAAGAGAAACGGCUGUGGAUGCACUGUCUCCAGCGCCUCUUCUUCGAGAACCACCCGGCUUCCAUCCCUGCCAAGGCAAAGCAAGUUCUCUUGGAAAACAGCCUACACUGUGCUCCAAAAAGCAAACAUAUCCCAGAACCCCCAACAUCUCCACUGGACUCUCCCCGACCUCGGGAUGCUCGAAGUUUUACCCCUGGCAGAAGAAACCCAGCUCCAUCUCCAAGACUUUCUGGCAGUCGCCGUGGCCGCAGGCAGUCUGAGCCAGCAAAAGAACCUUAUAUCAUUUUUCCCCAGAACGAUAAGCCUCAAGUCAAGCAUGCUGGCAGUGAAGGGGAACUCCAUCCAACAUCCGAGUUGCAGCCUCCAGUAUCUGCUUCUGGCCCUCCUGAAGACCUGGAGGAUGCUGGGCCUCCCACAUUGGAUCCAUCGGGGACUUCCAUAACUGAGGAAAUUCUAGAACUGCUGAACCAGAGAGGCCUCAGGGACUCGGGGCCAACCACCCCCGACAUUCCCCAGUUCCCCAGAGAGUCCAGGAUGCCCGUUGAAAGCGAACCCCUCCCGUUCCGAGCCCUGCCCAGCCGAGAGUCUUCAGAAGAGGAGGACGAUGAAGAGCUGGAGACGGAUGAACGGGAGCCUUCCCCGCUCCAUGUCUUAGAGGGGCUGGAAGGCUCCAAUGCAGCUGAAAUUCCCUGCACGCCCAGCCUUCCUAAGAUUCCCAGUGACAUGCCCAGCCUUCCAGAAAUUCCCGAGGUCCCCUGCCUUCCGAGUCUCUCUGACAUCCCUGGUGUUUUUGAGGUGCCCUCCCUUUCACCCUUGUCCAGUGUCCCUGACAUUCCCAGCUUAGCCAGCACCCCCUCCUUCCCCUGUGGCUCCUGGCUCCCUGGCUCCCUGCAGGAGGCAGCCCAGCCUCAAGCCACCAGGAGGGAACUGUUGACUGGGAGCAAUCCAGGAAGACUGAGUGAGCCGCCCUCAGAAAGCAGAGAGGGGCAGGAGGAAGACACAGAAGGCGUGUCAUUCCCAGCUGUGCAGACGGAGGCUGGCACCACAGUCCAGGGAUUCCCAGAAGAACUGGAAUACCGCUCUUGUUCAGAGAUCAGGAGUGCCUGGCAAGCGCUGGAGCAGGGGCAGCUGGCCCGGCCUGGCUUCCCAGAACCUCUGCUGAUCCUGGAGGACUCUGAUCUUAGUGGAGGCAGCACCAGCGGGAAGACAGGAAUGCCACACUCAGAGCGGUCGGCGUCUCGGGUGCGAGAGUUGGCUCGGCUCUACAGUGAGCGGAUCCAGCAGAUGCAGCGAGCUGAGACUAGGGCAUCCACCAACGCACCCCGUCGCAGACCUCGCGUCCUGGCCCAGCCCCACCCAUCCCCUUGCCCACCCCUGGAAGAGGCUGAACCAGGGGCCCUGCCUGCAUUUGGGCAUGUGCUGGUUUGUGAGCUGGCCUUUCCACUGAACUGUGCCCAGGAGUCUGUCCCUCUGGGCCCUGCUGUUCUGGUUCAGGCUGCCACACCUUUGUGUAUACAAGGGGAUGAUCUGAGUGUCCAGAGUCUAAACGUUUCGGAUUCGCCCGAGCAAGACCAUCUGAGUAAUAGCUGCGUACCACCUCCUGUCCCUUUACCUGGGCAAAGCAACUUCCAGAACAUCCAGGUUCCAUCUACAUCCCUUUUGCCCAAGCAAGAUCCUCCAGAUGGCCAGGUCUCAGCGGCCUCAACCUUGCCUGGUACAUGUCAGCUACAAAGCCACGUUCCAGCUGCCACUCCUUCAGCUGAGCAUAGAAACUAUGUGGAGAUCCAGGUUCAGUCCGCCACCGUUUCCCUUCCUGGCCAAGAGUGUCAGGAAGACUUCCAGAUGCCAACCGCUGUGACAUUCCCCAAGCAAGAAGGUCCUGAAGACAGCCAAAGCCUGAACAAUGCCCCAGAAGCCAAGCAAAGAAAUGUCAGUGUUGAUCAGGGCCUAGCUGCUGUUGGUAGCCGACCUGUCAGCCCUUUGCUAGUGUGCACAAGCAGCCCUGACCAUCAGAUCCCAGCCACCACCCCACCGCCAUUGUCACCUGACCUCCCAGACAUGGAGGGUCCUGGUGCCUUACCUUUGCCCACACAGGAAGAUCAUCCGGACUGUUACGCCCCAUGCAGCCCUGUACCAUCUUUGUCCCAAGACAUUCGGGUGCCAGCCGUCGUCCCCAUGCCCCAGCCACAAGGCCUUACAGACAUCAGGGCCAAAGUGCCCCUGUCUUUCCCCGAGCAGGAGGAAGCGCCAGAGUUUCUGGGUCCAGAGUCCAGCCUCACAGACACACCAGCUCCCAGACUCUCACCUUCACUGGGCCAAGAGAACACCACAGACGGCCAUGUUGGUCAUGUUCCAGGAGCUGCCAUGUCUUUGACUGAGCAAGGGUGCUCUCAGGAUCUUCAAGGCCUAAUAACUUCCCCGGUUCAGACAACCGUGGAGUUACCUAAAUCCAGGGGUGUAGUCUCUCGUGUUGCCACGUCAGAGUCUUUGGACUUGACCCCACCACAGAGCCCCUCUCUCUCCACUCGCCAGCUCCUGGGCCCCAGUGCAGCUGCCCUCUCAAGGUACCUGGCAGCUUCAUACAUCAGCCAGAGCUUGGCUCGGCGCCAGGGACCUGGGGGGGAGGGUGCAGCAGCUUCCCAGGGUCACUGGUCUUCCUCUGCCCCUACAUCACGGGCGCCUUCCCCACCACCUCAGCCCCAGCCCCCAGCCCCUCCAGCCAGGAGGCUCAGCUACGCCACCACAGUCAGUAUCCAGGUAGGAGGUGGUGGCCGGCUGAGACCAGCUAAAGCUCAGGUCCGGCUGAACCACCCUGCUCUCUUGACAGCCCCCCAUCCAGGAGCCUGCGGGCCUUCUCAGGGCCCAGGAGGCUCCUGACGGCUGCUUUCCAUAUGUAAGCCUGGACAUUAGGCUUCAAGAAGGUGCCACCCCUCCUUACGACAUCCAGAGUCUGGACACAGGUCCAGAAAUGGCUGUAACUUUCUAGUCCCCAGGAAACUCUGUCCACAGAUGACUCUCCCGAAGUCCAGGUUAUUUUGUUAAUUAAUUUUAUGAAAUGC